GUUCCCACAAGAACCAUUCUGCACACAUAGAGCAGCUCUGUCCACGAGCAUCACUAAUGAGCACAGACGGGCACUUAGUAUCCAGACAGAAACAUUCCACUGGCGCUAGAGAGCCGCAGACGGAAGUGUUCUCCAACUCCUGGAAAUGAAGCCAGGCCUCCUUCUCUCUGCAGCCAUGAGGAUUCCUGUUCUCUUCUUUACCAUUCUCUUCUUUAUGAGCCAAGUUCUACCAGCCAGGGGCGAGUUCAAGGAGAUCUGUGAGCGUCCAAAUGGCUCCUGCCAGGAGUUUUGCCUCGAAACAGAAAUCCACGUUGGGAGAUGUUUAAAUAAGCAACACUGCUGCCUGGCCCUGGGGCACCAUCCUGGCAUUGAGAGUACUACACCUGACCAUAAAUGAAGCUGGAGGCUUUUAUUCUUUUGGAUGUUUUAUAUUCUCCCUCUUUGCCUUUGUCUGUCCUUUUCUUUCCACAGGGAUUCUGAGUCCUCAAUAAACAAUAAAGCAAAGCUAGCAAACACAAAA